UUACAGGCGUGAGCUUGCACUUGAUUGAUCGGUGUGAUGUAACGGUGUUGUCGUCCCCCUACUUUCUCCCAAUGAAAGGAUGGACCCAGCAGCUCUUUUUGGGGGGUAUGGAAACGCCCACAGCCGUAUACAGAGCUCCCCCUCCCUUCUUCCGAGGCCAACAUCCAAUCCUCUUCCUUUCCCGAGGUGGUACAAGCCACAGUUUUAAAGGCGCUUCCCAACACAGGAGCAUCUAACGUUACAUGACCACACAGGGCGCGCACGUGUAAAACGCCGCCGACCGUCGCUUUUACGCACAGGACAACGCUACAAUAAUGGUCGUACUGAAUCAUUUAACGGCAGCUUGCCGGAAGAAUUUGCAAGUCGAUAGGCUCAAUAAGCAGCUGGUGUUCACUAUGCGGGUUUUGCACAAGUCUGCGGCCGGCGAAGCUUUUGGGAUCCCCUCGCCUACGGAAGAGGACAGCGUGUCCCAGAGUCUCAUCACAGCGGCUCACGUCUCUGACAAAAGCGUAAAAGUAAAGAGUCUAAAGGAGAUGCCAGGACCGAGCACCGCAUCUAACCUCAUCGAGUUCUUCUGGAGAGAUGGUUUUAGCAGAAUUCAUGAAAUUCAGAUGGAACACAGCAAGAAGUAUGGGAAUAUCUUCAAAUCCCAUUUUGGACCUCAACUGGUGGUCUCCAUCGCUGGCAGGGAUCUGGUGGCUCAGGUGCUGAGGAGUGAAGGUUUGGCUCCUCAGAGAGCCAACAUGGAGUCCUGGAAGGAGUACAGAGACAUGAGAGGACGUUCAACAGGCCUCAUCUCAGCGGAGGGAGCACAUUGGCUGAAAAUGCGAAGUGUUCUUAGGCAGCUAAUCAUGCGCCCCCGCGAUGUGGCAGUCUUCUCCGAUGAUAUCAACAAAGUGGUAGAUGACCUGAUCAAGAGAGUUUGUACUCUACGCAGCCGGGAGGUAGAUGGAGCAACUGUGUUCAACGUGAAUGACCUCUUCUUCAAAUAUGCCAUGGAAGGCAUAGCAGCCAUUUUGUAUGAGAGUCGUUUAGGCUGUCUGGAAAAUGAGAUUCCCCGGGAAACUCAAAACUAUAUCAGCGCACUCAACCUCAUGUUCAGUUCCUUCAAGACCACCAUGUAUGCUGGAGCUAUCCCCAAGUGGCUGCGGCCCAUCAUCCCCAAACCUUGGGAGGAGUUUUGUUUCUCUUGGGAUGGCCUUUUCAAAUUCAGCAUCAUUCACAUCAAUAAGAGGCUUGCUGAGAUCAAGGCCCAGGUUGAGCAAGGAGAGGAAGUGAAGGGAGGACUUCUCACACACAUGCUCGUCACCAUGGAGCUCAGCAUGGAGGAAAUCUACGCCAAUGCAACAGAGAUGUUACUGGCCGGGGUCGACACGACCUCCUUCACGCUGUCAUGGGCCAGUUACCUAUUAGCACGACACCCUGAUAUUCAAGAGCAGAUCUCUAUGGAAGUGGUGAGGACUUUGGGUCCCAAAGCUGUUGCCACGGCCGACGACAUUCCUCGCCUGCCUCUUAUCAGAGGUCUGGUCAAAGAGACGCUCAGGCUUUUUCCAGUUCUCCCGGGAAAUGGACGGAUUACUCAGGAUGACUUAGUGGUGGGCGGAUACUUUAUCCCCAAAGGGACUCAGUUGGCUCUGUGUCACUACUCCACUUCCUUGGAUGAGGAGAACUUUCUUGAUGCUUUAAACUUCCGACCAGAUCGCUGGGUUCGAAAAGAUUCCUCUGAUCGUGUUGACAACUUUGGCUCCAUUCCUUUUGGCUAUGGUAUCAGGAGUUGCAUCGGCAAGAGAAUAGCUGAGUUAGAGAUGCAUCUAGUUCUAACCAGGCUUAUUCAGAGGUUCCACAUUAGCUUGUCUCCUCUCACUGCUGAUGUGAAGGCCAAAACACACGGCCUUCUCUGCCCUGCAGGACCCAUCCACCUGCAGUUCACUGACAGAGAAAAUUAGGAAGGAAUCAUCUUCGUCUUUUCUUGUAUUGUACUGUACGUUUUUAUUGUAUUCAUUUAUUUGGAAAGUCGACUUUCUGUACACAGUGCAGUGUUUUUACUGAGGUUUUACUCAGAAAAUAAAUGUGUAGCGACAAGGACACACAUAUAUAACAAUGGACCAAUAACUUAAUGUUAAAUAGUUGUUUUUAUGUAGUAUGUAGUCUGAUUUAGAUCCAACGUUGUUUGUUACUUGUGAUUCCUCAAUUAUUCUAUUAUAUACUGUAAAUAGAGAGUGCUAAAUGAACACUCUUGUAUGGUCUUGUAUGUUAUCAUUUUGAACACCUUUUCACUUAAAGUGCACUCUUCCUACAUUUUGAGAAAGGACAUCACAUGAAUGUUGAUGGACAACAGUGAAUGUACUGCGCAUGAGCUGUUUUUACAAGUGCAUAAGUGUGUAUUAUUAUAUUAUUCACAUUUGUGUUCUAAACCAAUUUUUUUUACCAAGUAUCUUUUCAGUUUUAAUGAACGUUUCAUUUAGAAAAUGUUUAAUCGGUGGGCUGUAAAGUAUGUAUAUGAAAAGUUAUGUGAUUGAUAAAUAGAUGGAAAAUAUUUGAUCACAACUGUUUUUUCCAUACAGUGUAUCAGGAUGCGUAAUUAUUUGAUCGAAAGUCGGAUAUGUUACAGUUGUGAUGUAUUUGAGAGAUAAUGUUACAAAGGAAGCAAAAGAUUAACAAAAUUCUGAUGUAUUUGUAUUUAUCUUUUGUAUUUGUUACUGCUUAUUAGUUCUAAAACUGAAAAAAAAAAUCUAAAACUGAUUAUAUUUUCCCGCGACCCUCGUGAGGAAAAGCGGUAGAAAAUGAAUGAAUGAAUGAUUAUAUUUUUUCUAUCCGGAGUAUAUUAAAGGUAUUCUGUGUAAAC